UGUCGCAUAGUUGCAUAAUUUGGCAAGAUGGCCGCCUCCAUGAGACUCCUGUUUCGGAGGGUGAUCCGUCUUUCCCACAUAAAUGUUAAUGUUACCGCUGCUGGAGCUCCAGGCCGGCCCGCUGGCUGCUGGGAGCCGCCGAGCUGUCGGUGCUUUAGCGAGGCCGCCGGAGACAGAAGCACGCACUUCGGUUUUGAAACGGUGCCGGAGACAGAGAAGGCAAAGAGAGUGUAUAAGGUGUUUGAGAACGUGGCGCAGAAGUACGACACCAUGAACGAUGCCAUGAGUCUGGGGGUUCACCGACUGUGGAAAGACACGCUGCUCCACGUCAUGCACCCCCAGCCCGGGGUGAGACUCCUGGACGUGGCCGGUGGAACGGGUGACAUUGCGUUCCGUUUUCUGGAGUACGUUCGUUUUCAGCAAGAGAGGCAGAAGCGGCGUGCGGCCCGGUCCAUGCAGGCACCGUCGUGGCAGGACAUUUCUAACAACUACUCGACAGAGGAGGAGGACGGGCCCCAGGAAUCCAGAGCGGUGGUCUGUGACAUCAACAAGGAGAUGCUGAGAGUAGGAAAGCAGAAGGCUGACGGCGUGGGCAUCAGUGCUGGUCUGUCCUGGGUAGUGGGGGACGCAGAGGAGCUGCCCUUUGAUGAUGACCAGUUCGAUAUUUAUACCAUCGCCUUUGGGAUUCGAAACGUCACCCAUAUAGAUCAGGCUCUGCAGGAGGCUCUUCGUGUCCUGAAGCCCGGUGGCAGGUUUAUGUGUUUGGAGUUCAGCAAAGUGACAAAUCCUGUUCUAGCAAGGCUUUAUGACGCUUACAGUUUCCAGAUGAUCCCAGUUUUGGGAGAGGUGAUAGCUGGAGACUGGAAGUCUUACCAGUAUCUGGUAGAAAGCAUCCGCAAGUUCCCGGACCAGGAGGAGUUUAAAGGUAUGAUUGAGGACGCAGGUUUCUACUCUGUGAAGUACUACAACCUCACCGGUGGAGUCGUGGCUCUUCACUCUGGUUUCAAGCUGUGAGAUGCACUCCUGGAAAACAGAAGCAAAAAGACUGGCUCUGUGUUUCACACUUCUGUCUGUAUUUCAAACUGUGUGCAGAGUUCUCAGACAUGAACGUCAGAGCUCCUCUCUCAGCAAUGACUGCACCAUGAGAGAAACAUGUCGGUGGACAUAUUUAUUUCCCUGCUGAUGGUCUUGGUUCAGCAACGAUUAGACUGUACUAAAUACCUUUGUUGGUAAAGAAUGCUGCACUGAUAACCUAAAUGUCACUAUAUUUGUGGUAUCAGUGUUAAGGCUACUAGCAAGUGAGUUUAUGUGCAGCUUGUUUCAAAUAUGUUUGAUGUAAUAUUUACAUUUUGGCUACAAAUAAAGAAUGUUUAAAGGAU